ACAGAUAUGCAGUACCGCCACCUCGGCAAGAGCGGUCUCAGAGUCUCCAUUCUGUCCCUCGGCGGUUGGGUGACCUAUGGAGGCCAGGUCGGCGACGACGCUGCGUUUGAGUGCAUGAAGGCCGCGUACGAUGCCGGGAUUAACUUCUUUGACAAUGCCGAAGUGUAUGCUGGCGGAGAGUCCGAAAAAUCGAUGGGCCGUGCGAUCAAGCACUUUGGAUGGAAGAGGAGCUCGCUCGUCAUUUCCACAAAGAUCUACUGGGGAGGCGCCGGCAGCAACGACAAGGGUCUUUCCCGCAAGCACAUCAUUGAAGGCACAAAGGCCUCCCUCGAACGCCUCGACCUGGACUACGUCGACCUGAUCUUCGCCCACCGCCCGGACAACCUUACCCCAAUGCACGAGAUCGUCCGCGCCUUCAACUGGGUCAUCGAGAAAGGCUACGCUUUCUACUGGGGAACCUCCGAAUGGUCGGCGGAGCAAAUUUCCGACGCCCACCGCGUCGCAGACUCCCUGGGACUCAUUGGCCCGCUUAUGGAGCAGCCUCAAUACAACAUGCUGCACCGUGAGAGGUUCGAAGUUGAGUACGCCCCGCUAUACGCAAAGUACGGGUUGGGAACCACCAUCUGGUCUCCGCUGGCCUCGGGAGUUCUGACUGGAAAGUACAACUCGGGCGUUGUGCCCGAGGAUUCGAGGUUCGGUUACAAAAAAGACGCUGUCGUGCAGCGGAUCAGGGAGGCCAGCUUGGAUUCAGAGGAGGGCAAGGCCAAGCUGAAGAAAGUUGUUGCGCUCGAGCCCAUCGCAAAGAAGCUCGACUGCACCUUGGCGCAACUCGCUCUCGCGUGGUGCCUGGCCAACAAGAACGUGUCCACGGUCAUUACGGGCGCAAGCCGCGCCGAGCAGGUCAAGGAGAACGUGAAGGCUCUCGCCGUACUCCCCAAGCUCACCCCCGAGGUCCUCGCCGAAAUUGAGAAGAUUCUUGACAACAAGCCCGAGAGCAAGCCCGAUCGAUACUAAGGGACUUGGACCCCAAUUCGAAACCGUAACCGGUGUUUGCAGCUUCAUGUAGAACAAUACGCAGCGUAGUACUAGAGAACAUUUACAUUUCACUGAUGGCGUAACGCUCCCAUAACAACCUCUGUUCCGGAGCCAAUAUCGAGCACUCCCGCCGCAAUCUAUUCCUGGCU